GGUUGUUGUAGCUAGGCUAGAUAUGCCAGGUAGGCUUAAAGUGCGUGUGUUAUGUGGAAGGCAUCUGCCCGUCAUGGACAGAGCAUCUGAACUUACUGAUGCAUUUGUGGAGGUGAAAUUUGGUUCCAUCACUUAUAAAACCGAAGUUUUUGGAAAAUCUUUGAAUCCAGUUUGGAACUCCGAGUGGUUUAAAUUUGAGGUAGAUGAUGAACAUCUGCAAGAUGAACCUCUUCAAAUCCGUGUGUUAGACCACGAUACAUACAGCACACAUGAUGUUAUUGGGAAAGUUUAUCUUGACAUCGAUCCAUUACUUGAUCCACAAUCAUCACACUCGUUAUGUGGAUGGUUCCCUAUAUAUGAUACCAUGCAUGGUAUUCGUGGUGAAAUACAACUGAAAGUGAAACUUGAAUUAUUUGCUGAUUACAAUCAAUUCAAGCAAUCUUCAUGUGGACUUAAGUUUAUAUGCGGCACUAGCAUACCAGAUUGUUUUAUAAUUACUGCCAUCCAUGGUUUUGUUGAGGAACUCCUCGUCAAUGAAGAUCCGGAGUAUAAAUGGAUCGAUAAACUAAGGACUCCGCGUGCAUCCAAUGAAGCAAGACAACGACUCUUCUCAAAGAUGUCAGGAGAGUUGCAGAGGAGGAUUGGGAGCAAGGUUGAAAACACAGGGGGUAAUGCAGUGAUAGGAUACCAACAAGCAUUCGAUAUUGAAGGAGAUUCUGGUAUAGUGGUGCGUGGUAUUGGCACAGCUGUUUCUAUUGAAGAAUGGAAUAAAAAAGAUAAAUUCACUGUCGCAUCACCAAAAUUCAAGGACUUUUCCAAACACCCAGUAUAUGAUUCCACAUCUCAUUUACAAACAGCAAAGUUGUCAAUUCCAUCAGAAAAUGUUAACGUACCAAAGCAAAAUAUCCAUCUCUCUUCUAAGAAUUUGAAUCCAACAGAUGGACAAUCGCUGGAACACCCCUUCUACACGUUAUUGUCGUAUCCAGAGAAUUUUAUAUCUCGGUUAUCUUUUAUUGUAUCGGCAAGAUCUGUUAAACUUCUUGAAAAAAUUCACAACCAAGAUGACGCUGAGACCAGAGAUUCUUGGUGGAGUGAGUUAAGACAGGAGAUACAUGGACAUUGUAACGCACUUGGUUGCAAUGCUGUUCUCGGCUAUUCUGAAUAUGCUUCAAUUUGUGAUGAAAUGAUAAUACUGUCUGCUCAAGGAACGGCUGCAGUUGUUGAUUUAAACUUCAAAAACCAAGAUAUGUUUCACGGUGAGGACAAUAUAAAUACACAUAACAGUGGUCUUCACCUCUUUAUUGCCUCAACACACAUGAGUGAACAAGUUUGUCCGAUGUCGUUCUUGCCCUCGCCUUGUGAUCCAAAUGUUGAUGUUUAUGAUGUCAUAUUUGCUACUAUUGAUCUACCUUCGCAUGUCAGUGUACGAGGGAAAGGAACGUUUAUACAAGCCAGAUUUUGUCGAAGCAAAAAGAAAGGGCAGGGCGAAUCAAACGCAUCGUUAGUGAGUGAAAUUCUUCCGUUUAUUGAAUACGAACUUCAUAAACAAUUGCUUAACAAGUUGAAGCUAAUUGGAAUGAAUGCAAUAUUUGGUUUGAAAACCAAAAUAACUCUGGGAGAAAACUUGAUUAUUGGUGUAGCUUCAGGAACAGCAGUUUAUCUCAAUGCUCUACCAGCACCUGAACAAUGUUCAAUAGGUGCACAGCCUAAACAGAUGUCUUCCUCCAGCAACCAAAUAAACAGUGUAUGUCUUCAGUAUACAAAGAAAUGUCAAAGUACAUUUGAUUUAAAUGACAUGCAGCAGUUUGAAACGUUGAAUGAAACUUCAUCAAAAAAUUCAACAGAUGAAUUAGACCUUUCUAUUGGUGACAAGAAUCUGUUAGCUGUUGUUUUAGAAGACUCAGAUGAUGAGAGAGAAAUGAUGUCUCUGAUGGAAGACCAUCUUCCUCCAGCUCUUUGCUUUAUGAGCAAUCUUGAAAAAUGUCCAGGAUUAGAUGCGAAUGUUGAACUGAUGCAGACAUUUCAAGUUUUAUGGCGAGUUCGAUACCAAGAUGAAGUUGAUGACGUUUCAUUGAACAUGGGGUUACGGGUUGCUUGUGAUAAUGCAUUACGUGGGUUGUGGUUUAAGUUAAGAAUGAAAUCUCCAAUCUGUUAUCUCAAUUCACUCAGAUUUCAGUUGGUGUUACCAGAUGAUGAUGAAUUGCAGGUGUGGAUUACAGGGUCAGCAGUUGUUCCAUCUACUGAUAAAAAAUCAAACCAAUUUUUGAACGUUUCUCAAGACUCCGCUUUACAAACUACCCAAACUUGCAUGGCACCGCUGCGUGAAUCUGUACGAACACGAUUCCAUUCUGCCGGGAGCUCUUCUGUAGAUAACCGCUUAAGUUUGGUCGAGAUGAAACGUACUUCUUCCGAGACGCCAUCUGUGGCUUCUGUUAGGUCAGGAUCUCCAGUUCUGCGGAAAGGAAAACGUAGCGGCGGUUUCGGAAACCGGUUUCGUUUUGAUUCCGGUAGCAGCGGGCGGUCACGUUACCAUAGUGAGAGUGGAUCUAGUUUUGCAAGUAGGGAUAUUGGAUUACAAGACUCCACAAAAGUAACAAUUGAAAUAGUAGCUUCUGCUCAUGUACCUGGUCGGAAAGUUAAACGCCAUAUUGGUAUUCUUAAUAUGUUUAUUAUCCGUGAAACAACUGCUGUACGUGGCUCGGACGAAGAAAUAACGAUUGCGGAGCCUCCGACCAGCACAGGUAGUUGCUGGUUUGUUACGCGCGCUCUGGCGGAAACUCAAUCCAUGGUUCGUGCCCACGUGGUGGCGUUAGGAGGCAACGCUCUCACGUCGUACAAGUCGUCGUAUUGCGUCCUGGAAGAAAGUUUAGCGAAAAACGAAGCGCAAUGUUUGUUUCAUGUUUGCGGAGAUGUUGUUCUUGCUAAUUGAUGUUUAGUUUACUCUGCAUACGUUAAUCAAUUUAAAUUAUUUUUGUGCACCGACCUAAACCGUUUUAGUCCGAUUGCGUCCAUUCUCAUCCGUAAAUCUAUAUUUUACCUACACGUUUAUUGUCAAAUUCAUAAAAAAUGAACUUUA